CCAGAGCUCUGUAGCAUCACAAAGCACAGAUUGUAAACAAAAGCCUGAAAGAAUGGAGUUAUAUCCAGAUCGCUGUCCUCAUAAGAGCAUCCCGGUAGAGACUGAUGAGUCAAUGACGUCGUCCUCUUUGAACCUGGUUUUGCCUGCCUGUCACCUAUGCCUGGAGCCAGGGGAAACAAAGAGACACCACUGGUUCACUCCAGAGGUCACCAUUAAUGACGUGAGCCGGAUGAAUUAUCCGGAGGACUACUGGAGUCGUAACCCUGCAGAACAGCGCGGAAAAACACCAGUCUGUCAUGCCACCUCAGCCUCCGGCCCACCACACAGACAACUGCACGUAGACCCCCCGUCCAGUCUAAACCAGAGACUAGAUCCUUUCCUCAUGGAACCGCCACAGAUUCUUCAAAGAGAGAGGGAUCGGCGUAAGGAAUUCAGUGCUUCACCUUCUCGCUUCUGUAGAGACCUCUACGAGCCCCCUAGUCAGACAUGGAACUCACCGAGCGAAGAGGAGGAAAGCCUGGAGCCACCUCUACCUCUCUGUUCAGACCCAGGGGACAGUCCGUACCAAAAUGCCCUGCAGUAUCGUCCUUCAUAUUAUGGUCUCCAAGUUAAUCCUCAACACCAUAAUUUUGAAGCGUCAAAAUGUGCUAAGGAGUUCCCAUGUCGGCAGCUACCCAAUCUCAUUUGCCAGAAAAACCAACAGCCACAGCUAGAGCCUCGGAAUUGCCCACAGUCUUGGUACGGCACCCAUAACUUUCUGUCUAGUUUCAAUGAAGAAUAG